ACCAGAGAAGCUGCUAAAAAGCAGUUUCUAAGCUGGCUUCCAGUCCUUGGCAAAACCAUCCCCGCCAUUUGGGAGGGAAACUUAAAUCAUGAAGCUAAUUACUAUCCUGUUCCUCUGCUCCAGGCUGCUACCGAGUUUAACACAGGGAGAAGUCUCCCAGGAAAUUGACUGCAAUGACGAGGAUGUAUUCCUGGCUGUGGAUGUGGCUCUGAAGAAGUAUAACGCUGGGAACCAAAGCGGCAACCAGUUCAUGUUGUACCGAGUGACUGAGGGCACUAAAAUGGUUGGCUCUGAGACAUUUUAUUCCUUCAAAUAUCAAAUCAAGGAGGGCAAUUGUUCUGUCCAAAGUGGCCUCACCUGGCAGGACUGCGACUUCAGGGAUGCCGAGGAAGCGGCCACUGGAGAAUGCACAGCAACUGUAAGGAAGAGAGGAACUAAGAAAUUCUCCUUAGCUACCCAGACAUGCAAGAUUACUCCAGGUAAUGGCCCCAUAGUGACAGCCGAGUACACCUGCUUGGGUUGUGUGCACCCCAUAUCGACUGAUAACCCUGAACUGCAGCCUGUUCUAAAGCACGCCAUUGAACAUUUCAACAACAACACCGAACAUUCUCACUUCUUUGCUCUUGAAGAAGUAAAAGCAGCCCAGAGACAGGUGGUGGCAGGAGCGAACUUUGAAGUCACCUACUCAAUUGUGCAAACUAACUGCUCAAAGAAGGAUUUUCUACUCUUAACUCCAGAGUGCAAAUCCCUUCCGAACGGUGAUGCCGGUGAGUGUAGAGAUAGUGCCUUUGUGGAUAUCAAGCAAAAAAUUGUCCAAUUCUCCCAGAACUGUGACCUUUAUUCAGGAGAGGAUUUGGAACAGCCACUUCCUGAGGAUUGCCUUGGAUGCCCCAAGAAAAUUCCUGUAGACAGCCCGGAGCUGACAGAGCCACUUGGUCAUGCCAUCACAAAGCUCAACACAGACAAUAGCCAUUCUUUCUAUUUCAAGAUUGACACCGUGAAAAAAGCAACAUCACAGGUGGUGGGUGGAAUGAAAUAUUUUAUUGAGUUCAUAGCCAGAGAAACUGAGUGUUCCAAGGAGAGCAACACAGAACUGACAGCAAAUUGUGAGGUCAAGCCCAUUGGCCAAAGUCUCAACUGCAAGGCUAACGUGUACAUGAGACCUUGGGAGAACAAAGUCGAACCGACCGUCAACUGCGGAGCAUUAGAAAUGAUUACAAUGUUGAGAAGGCCUCCAGGCUUUUCGCCUUUCCGGUCAGUCCACGCACAAGAAACAAAAGGAACAACUGUAAGUCCACCCUAUACUGCCAUGGUGCAAGAAGAGCAGGAUCCAGAAAAUGAACGAAGACCUGCUCAUGGGCAUGACAAACAAACAAAGCAUAAGAUUGACCAUGGGCAUGACCAAGGCCAUUGGCCCCCAAGGAGGCAUGGCUUUGGCCACAGACAUCCAGAGGAACAUGGUCAUGGUCAUGGUCAUGGUCAUGGUCAUGGUCAUGGUCACGGUAAACACAAAAAUAAAGACAAAAACAAAGGAAAGCACACUGACCAGAGAACAGAGCCUUUGGCAAGCUCUUCUGAAGACAGUACUACAUCCUCCACACAGACACAGGGGAGGACCUCCCCUAGCCCUCCCCCAGCUCAGCCAAGUGUAAUGGUUACGCCUUCUGACUUUCAGGACUCAGAUUUAAUUGACAGCGUGGUAGCUACCACACCACCAUAUGCCACCGAGAUCGACGAUGAUUUGAUCCCUGAUAUCCAUGUACAACCAGAUAGCCUUUCAUUUAAGCUGAUAUCUGACUUUCCAGAAGCAACGUCCCACAAAUGUCCUGGACGCCCGUGGAAGCCAGCUCAUAGUAGAAAGGAUCCAGGCACAGAAAUGGGAGGCUAUUCUGAUUUUGAUCUCACUGAUGCUCUUUCUUAA